GAAGAGUAACGGAUGCCCUGAAGGAGUGGGGGAGGGGUCUGUGUCCAGAGUGUCAGGCCCUAAGAAUGGAGGGAGAGAUGGUAUUUCUUUUUUUACCUAUGUCUGCCCUGAGCUAGCCCACUGGUUGGCCCUCUACUGUCCUAGCUGUGUACGAAGGCAAAAGGAGCUCAUUGGGGAACACCACCAGGGAACAUUGAUGCUACUGCUCUUGUAUGGGGGCUGCAGGAUCAAGCACUAUCUAAGGGGAAGAGGGGAGGUCAGCAGAUCAGGGAGGGAGCCAACAGAGAUCCUGGAAAUUCUGAGGAUGGUGGCCAUCAACAAGCUACAGAACUUAGAGAGGAGACCGUGUAAUUGAGAUUAGGGACCAAGGUGAGGAAGGUGCUGAGGACACCUGCCUGCAUCAUCAGUUACUUCACUUUAGUUAUGUCUGUGACUAGCUCCAGUUAGGGUCCCUGAGAAACAAACGGUCAUGAAUGAGGUUGAGAGGGAGUUUUCAUCCAAGCCUCCCCAGAUGAGGGACUUGGAUCUCAUGCUGGGAGCCUAUCACAUCAGGCUGGGGGUCUUCUUGUUAUUGGUGGACAUUCUUUUCCCAGGUAUUUAUGGUGCCUUGGAAUCACUUCAUCACUCUUCCUAUGAAAUCAUCAUCCCCAGUAGGUUAACAUUCGGAGACAAGGAAGACUCAAAAGGUAAACUGUCAUAUGUGCUGCCAGUGAAAGAGAAGAGACAAGUUAUUCACUUGAAGUUAAAGAGAAGAUUGUUUGUCAAGAAUUUCCCUGUCUACACCUACUCCAAAGGUGUCCCAAGUUUAGACAUGCCUUUUAUCCCCGAUAAUUGCCACUAUAAUGGGUACAUAGAAGGUGAGCUGGGGUCCAUUGUAUCUGUCAGCACCUGUUCAGGGCUCAGGGGCAUACUGACCCUCCAGAAAACAGUCUAUGGCAUUGAGCCCAUUGAAACAUCAAGGCAGUUUGAACACAUCUUAUAUCGUGUGGAUGGGCACCUCCACAGCUCCUGCAGAGUGACCGCAGAAGAAGGCCAAAGAUUCAGAAGCAGUGUGCAGAAACAGAGAAAGGAAAAGAAAGAGACACUUGAGACUGAGGCCCUGGCCUACAUCUGGUCACACACCAAGUACGUGGAGAUGUUCGUUGUGGUUGACAAUAGGCGGUUCAAAAUGUGGAAUAGCAACGUGACCAAGACAGUCCGGAUGGUGAUGGACACCCUCGCCCACGUUAACACCUACAGCCAGGGAAUCCACGUCAAGGUGGUCCUGAUAGGUUUGGAGAUCUGGACAGAGAGGGACCAGGUGAGGAUUUCUGGGGACUUGCGGGAAGUGCUGCACAAUUUCAACCACUGGAGAGAAGAGGAGCUGGUCAGGAGGGCAAAGCAUGAUGUUGCCCAUCUCAUAGUGGGCUAUGAUCCAGGAGAGUCCAGGGGGGAAGCAUUUCUCAAUGGGGCCUGUGUGCCUGAGCUUGCAGCAGCAGUCGAAUCUUUCUCCCAUGAAGAUCCUACUGUGUUUGCGGUGCUCAUGGUCCAUGAGCUGGGGCAUAACCUGGGCAUGAAGCAUGACCACCUGGCCUGCAUGUGUCCUGACCAGCCAUCCUGCAUCAUGCUUGGAACUAUCAGCUUUGAGAGCAGUUUCAGCAACUGUAGCUUGGAGGAUUUCUAUGAAUUCCUGCGGUGGCACAAAGGGUCCUGCCUCUAUGACAAGCCAGUGCCCAGGGGAAUGGUCAGGAAGCCCUUCUGUGGGGACCACAUAGUAGACCUAGGGGAGGAGUGUGACUGUGGCAGUCAUCGUGACUGUAUGAAGGACCCGUGCUGCCUGCCCUCUUGCCAGAUGAGGCCGGGCUCAGACUGUGCUUUUGGACCCUGCUGCAGAAAGUGCAAGUUUCUGAAGGCGGCCACGCCCUGUCGUCCCAGCGUGGGUGAGUGUGACCUCCCUGAAUACUGUAAUGGCAGCUCCACGUGGUGCCAGCCUGACACCUACAAGCAAGAUGGCACCCCCUGCAGGGGUGAAGGUUACUGCUACCAGGGGCAGUGCAGGAGCCUGCAGAGCCAGUGUGUGGAGGUGUUUGGGGAGGGCUCCAGGGCUGCCCGGCACAGCUGUUACCAUCACUUGAACAGCCAGGGGGACAGGUUUGGGAACUGUGGCAGUGGGCAGAAAGGCUUACACAAGGUGUUUGUCAAAUGUGAGCCCGAGGAUGUCAUGUGUGGGAGGCUGCUGUGUGAGGACAUCCCAAGGUUACCCCAAACAAGGAACCACCACACUCUCAUCCAGAUCCCCGUCGAAGACACCUGGUGCUGGGGGGUAGACCUCUUUGAGGAUGUGGAUCUCCCUGAUGGAGGGGCCGUGAGGGCGGGCACCUUGUGUGGCCCCCAGAAGAUCUGUCUCAACCACACGUGCUCUGAUGUGCAGGUGCUGCAGUAUGACUGUGAGCCAGAGGCCAUGUGUCAUGGCAGAGGAGUAUGCAACAACCUCAAGCAUUGUCACUGUGAUGAUGGCUAUGCCCCUCCCACGUGUGAUUCCAUGGGUUCUGGGGGCAGUGUGGACAGUGGCCCCCCUCUAGAUGUCAGAACCCUUUCUCCUAAGCCACUUCCCUUAUAUCAGCAGCCCCAAAUAGCCCCUAUUCCACUUGCUAACAACUUAUCUCCUAGCUUGUUUGCUUCCCCUGUUAGACUGCAGGGUCCUCCCUUCAUUAGAGCUCGAGGCCAUAACUCCCGUCAUCUUCAAUUUCUAGGUAACCCUUUUCCAACAUCUGAACCCUCUGCUGGCCCUACUACAGAGAAUGCCAGCUGGGAAAAUGCCAGCCAGGAAAAUGCCAGCUGGGAAAAUUACAGCGAUCAGGAAACCAGCAGGUCACUCUUGUCCUUUUUUGAGAUCUUGACUGUAAUUCUCCUUUUUCUAGUAUCAGUGUACUGCCUUUUAUAUCUCCUGUUUAAACAAAAGGACAGGGAGGAGGAAGAAGAGGAGAGAGAGGAAGUUUUAUCUGUCGUGUACGGAUUAGAACCAAAGGUAGAAGAGGAAGAUCCAUAUAGAGAGGAUGAACAAGAGGAGGAGGAAGGAGAGGAAGAGGAGGAGGAAGAAGAGGAAGAGGGGGAAGAAGGGCAGGAAGAAGAGGAAGAAGAGAAGGAUGAUGAGAAAGAGGAGGAGGAGGAGGAGAGAAAAAGGAGAAGGAGGAAUAGAACAAUAUAGAAGAAAAGGAAGAGAUUGACUAGAGGAUGGGAGGAAAUGGUAUACACAGACUGAGUGUGUUUUGAAAUGCAAGCCCUCAAUGAGGAUGACUGGGACCCAGGUUUGAUGAAAAUCACUGGAUCCCUGAGGCUUGGGGAGGUAACAGGACUGGACCACAUGGUGCCCACAUGGACAACUUCAAGCCCCCUUUCCCCCUUUUUUUCCUGAAACAGAGAGGGUUUAAACAAAAGAACACACCAAGGUCUGUCCCAAGGUGAUAUGUCUCUUCAGACUGCCAAAAACCUUGGGUCAACUUUGGAAGUUAGGCACAGAGUCCAGGUCACCUCAGAAGCAGGGCAGUUCUGCCACCAGGGGGACUGGACAUGUGGCCAAACUCUCUGAUGCAUCCAUCAGUUUGCUCCUCCUUCCCUUGUAGCCAAAUGGGUUGGGUUUUUGUUUUUCUUCUUCUUAAUAUUAGAGUGAAGUGGAAAUAUGUUAGAUCUGAGGACCUGCACUGAAAUCUUGGCUUUGCCAUUUAUGAUAUCUGUGACCUUGGGUUCCUCUGGUCCCUCAUGUUCUUCAUCUGUGGGAUAUUCAGGGGAGAUGAUUCUCAAAGGGUGUGCCAUGGCACCCAAGCAUCCUGUCAAUUUUUCCAGGUGUGCUGCAGAUUUUGGAUGUUAAUUACAGAUAAAAGAAAAUUGAUCAAUAAGUCUGUUAAAUAGAAAUUGUACUUACCCAGUGUACUAUGUAGACCAGUAAGUAUAAUAUUCACAAAAUCAAACCUGCCUAUUAAAUAUGCUCACUAACCUCGAUGUAUUCGACUUUGAACUUGAAAAGAAGUCAACAAAAAUCCCCUUCUAGGGAUACCAGCCAUGCAUGGUUCUACCAUCCCUACCAUAAUUUUUCAUGGAAAAUAUACUAUGA